AUGAGACUACGAGGCAUUCUCAUUGCCGUCAUUUUGAGCUUCGGGGUUGAUGCUCAAGAUGACACACUUGGUCUCAGUAGUGGAUAUACGUCCUUGUCAACAGCAAAUUUUGACGUCAAACUAGUAAAGGACUCUCAGAUUCUCGCUUCUCUUAAACCAACUGGAAAUGACUUUGACUUCAUGCCAUUUGACUUCAUUUCAUACAGAGCGGGAAAUGGACAAUACCAUAAUGGUGAUAUAACCUAUCGUUAUCGCAAAUCUGGAACUACUCCUUGGCUUUCAGGUGAUUCGUCAAGCGCAAGGGAAAAGGUGAAAGCAAUAGAUUCUACAGCACUUGCUGCCGCAGACCUUGCGUCGACAUUGCCGAGUCAGUCGCCUCUUCAAGUUAUUCGAAAAUGGUCAGAUGUCGACGGCGAUCUAGGUCUAUCGUUUACCUUGACAAACCAAGGAAAUGCAAGCCUUGAGAUUGGAGGUCUCGGAUUUCCAACGGAAUUCAAUAGCAUUUUUUCCAAUCGCACGGCGGUUGAUAUGUCGGCUAAAUGCUCUUUGGCUGAUCCGUAUAUAGGCUUGGAUGCUGGUUAUAUCCAAGUCAUGCCUACAGCUGGAACCGGUGCUGCCUUGAUCGUCACCCCACUUUCUAACACGAGCACCCCUUUCGAAGCGUGGAGAAAUUUGGAUGAGGCCAGCACGGAUCCUUUGUACUAUGGGAGUCAAACCUACGAGGGUUUUUACGAAUGGCAGUCCCAUACCAAGGCCUAUGCGGAGAACGAAUGGGCGGAAGUCACGCCUUGGAAUGAGCCAAGUUCUCGGGUCCUUAAGACCGGUGAAUCAAUCACGUACGGGCUUCGAUUUUCUGUUGUCAAGAAUGGUAUUCGCGGUAUACAAAAGGCGGUUCAGUCAACCAACACGCCUCUGGCGAUCGGAAUCCCGGGCUAUAUCGUCCCCGCCGAUCUCACUGCUCAACUAUUUGUGUUUCGCUCUGACAUUUCAAAGAUUGAAUCGAGCGAUGACGCGUUCAAGAUCACGAAGUCUCAAACGAACUCGUUCGCUCUCACGCCAACGGGGUCUGUUUGGGGUCGAGCCAAAGUGACCAUCACGUACAAAGAUGGUAAAGUCCAGACUGUGCAUUACUUCAUCACCGAGUCAGCCCCGGCAGUCAUCAGCAGACUCGGCAAGUUCUCAACUACAUCCAUGUGGUAUAACGACCCGACGGACCCCUUCGGGCGAUCUCCGUCUGUGAUAACAUGGGAUCACUCCACAGGUGCACAAGUUCUUCAGGAGCCUCGAGUUUGGAUAUCGGGACUAAGUGAUGAGGGUGGUGUGAUUUACCUAGCGACCGCAAUGAAACAGUUUGGUCUCGCCGAUGCGUCGGAAGUAGCCAAACUGGAGCAAUUCGCCAACAAAGUGCUGUCCAAGAAGAUCCAAAAUUCAGACUUCACGGUUCGCAAAAGUAUCUUUUUCUACGAGCCCAAACAACUUCCUGGCUACCAGUAUGACCAGUCGAUCAACUGGGGCAACUGGUGGUCUUGGAACAAGGAUGCGUCGUAUGCUACAGAUCGGGCAUACGAUUAUAUUCAUGUCAUUGGAGCAUAUUGGGCACUGUAUCGUGCGGGGAGAGAUAACGAUUCCAUUUUGAAAGUUCACAAUUGGCAGUGGUAUCUUGGACAAGCUUAUAACACCACUAUUGCCUGCUUUGAAACAGACUCAAACGGAGAUGGGGUGAUAGGUUACUCACGCCUAGGACUGAUGGGCGAGACCGUUGUUGGAGAGCUUCUUGCCGAUCUUCAGCGCGAAAAAUGGUCGGACGAAGCAGACGCCGUAGAAGCCGCGAUGAAGCUUCGGGCUGAUGCAUGGGACUCUCAGGCAGAACCCUUUGGGAGUGAAAUGGCAUGGGAUUCGACAGGCCAGGAAGGAAUAUACUAUUGGAGCAACUAUUUCAAGUUGACGAAUACCGCUACAAAAACCAUCAAUAGCAUCCUGGGAUUCAUGCCGACAGUGUCACAUUGGGGAUGGAAUGGGAAUGCCCGGCGUUAUUGGGACUUCAUUUAUGGUGGUAAAUUGCAACGCAUCGAGCGAAUGAUUCACCACUAUGGAUCAGGGCUCAAUGCACUUCCUCUUCUCUCUCAAUUCCGCCAAGAUCCCAAGGACACUUAUCUCCUUCGAGUCGGCUAUGGAGGUAUUACCGGCCCGCUCAGUAACAUCCGCGAGGAUGGCUCCAUGUAUAAUGGCUUUCACUCAUUCCCAGAUACCCUUCGCGGCGAUGAUUAUUCUGGGGACUAUGGGCCCAAUUUCUUGGGCGUCAUGCUUGGGUCGGCAUCCUAUGUCGUUGAUGACCCCGAUAUCGGACUGAUAACAUAUGGAGGAAACAUGGCUGUCAGUGGUAGUACUAUCACUGUGCACCCACGAGACGCUGUGCGACGACGAGUGUAUAUCGCUUCAAUGGGUAUUUAUGUCGUCAUCAGUGCUGGCCAGAUCGACAGGUACUCCUUCGACAAGUCUGACGCAACCUCUCUGCGACUGCAUAUCGUGUCCGGCCCUGCCAAAGCAAUCGAUGCGAUUAUCUGGGUGGAAACCCCCGGGACAAGUGACGAUUAUGCAGUGAUGGGAGAAAACAAGAAGAUCCGAGAAGGAUGGCAAGUAAAGCUUGGUUAUGGGGGUGUGGAUGUCACUGUCUCCAAGCAAUGA